UUUGGAGAGUUUUCAAGAGAAGUAUACAAACAAGCCAUGGAGAAAAUGUUCAGAUCCAUUUUUGGAUUCAAACUAUUUGCAAGACCUCGGUCUAAAGGAGAUGUGUACGCUUCGAAGAAGCAGUCCAAACAAAGGAGUGAGAGACCUUCGUCUCCUGAAGACCUCGACCCUAUCACCAUCUUGGGGGAGCACGGACGAAGGGGUGAGAGACCUUCGUCUAGUGGAGGCACCAACCCUUCUUCUAACACCAAGGAGCGCAGGCAAAGGGGUGAGAGCCCUUUGUCUUGUACAGACAAGCCCUCUACCACCAGGCAGCAAGAACCAAAGGAUGUGAGCUCUCUGUUCUUUGUAGGCCACAACCCUUCUACUAACACCAAGGAGCGCAGGCAAAGCGGUGAGAGCCCUUUGUCUUGUACAGACAAGCCCUCUACCACCGGGCAGCAAGAACCAAAGGAUGUGAGCUCUCUGUUCUUUGUAGGCAACAGACCUUCUACUAACACCAAGGAGCGCAGGCAAAGCGGUGAGAACCCUUUGUCUUGUACAGACAAGCCCUCUACCACCAGGCAGCAAAAACCAAAGGAUGUGAGCUCUCUGUUCUUUGUAGGCAACAACGCUUCUACUAACACCAAGGAGCGCAGGCAAAGGGGUGAGAGCCCUUUGUCUUGUACAGACAAGCCCUCUACCACCAGGCAGCAAGAACCAAAGGAUGUGAGCUCUCUGUUCUUUGUAGGCCACAACCCUUCUACUAACACCAAGGAGCGCAGGCAAAGCGGUGAGAGCCCUUUGUCUUGUACAGACAAGCCCUCUACCACCGGGCAGCAAGAACCAAAGGAUGUGAGCUCUCUGUUCUUUGUAGGCAACAAACCUUCUACUAACACCAAGGAGCGCAGGCAAAGCGGUGAGAACCCUUUGUCUUGUACAGACAAGCCCUCUACCACCAGGCAGCAAAAACCAAAGGAUGUGAGCUCUCUGUUCUUUGUAGGCAACAACGCUUCUACUAACACCAAGGAGCGCAGGCAAAGGGGUGAGAAACCUUUGUCUUGUACGGACAAGCCCUCUACCACCAGGCAGCAAAAACCAAAGGAUGUGAGCUCUCUGUUCUUUGUAGGCAACAACCCUCCUACUAACACCAAGGAGCGCAGGCAAAGGGGUGAGAGCCCUUUGUCUUCGUCCUCUGAAGACAACCAGCCUUCUCCUCCAAGGAGGCAGCAAGCAUGGGGGGGUGAGAGCGCUUUGUCUUCCUCCUCUAGAGACAACCAGCCUUCUCCUCCAAGGAGACAGCAAGCAUGGGUGGGUGAGAGCCCUUUGUCUUCUGAAGACGAGGAGCCUUCAACUACAAGCAGGCAGCAAGAACAAAGGAGUGAGAGGCCUUUGUCUUUCGCGGACAUCAGCCUUGCUACCACCUUGAGGCUUGACAGAGGAAUAUUUGAGAGCCUUCUCCCCUGCGUUGGCAAAGACCUUCCUACCAACUUGAUGCAGGACGGACGAAGGGGUGACAGCCCUUCGUCUUUAUCUCCUGAAGACAACGAGCCUUCUUCCACAAGGAAGCAGGAAGAUGAAAUGGAGAGCCCUUUGUCUUCAUCCUCUAGAGACAACCAGCCUUCUCCUCCAAGGAGACAGCAAGCAUGGGUGGGUGAGAGCCCUUUGUCUUCUGAAGACGAGGAGCCUUCAACUACAAGCAGGCAGCAAGAACAAAGGAGUGAGAGGCCUUUGUCUUCCGCAGGCAUCAACCUUGCUACCACCUCGAGGCUUGACAGAGGACUAUUUGUGAGCCUUUUGGCCUCGGUUGGCAAAGACCUUCCUUCCAACUUGAUGCAGGACGGAGGAAGUCCGUCUUUAUCUUCUGAAGAUGACGAGCCUUCUUCCACAAGGAGACAGCAAGAAGAAAUGGGUGAGAGCCCCUCAUCUUCAUCUCAGGUGCACGUACAAAGGGGUGAGAGACCUUUGUCUCGUGGAGAUUUCAACCCUUCAACCACCUUGAGACAGGACGGACGAAGGGGUGACCGCCCUGCCUCUACAUCUUCAUCUUCUGAAGACGACGAGCCUUCUGCCACAAGGAGGCAGCAAGAAAGAAGGGCUAAUAGCCCUUUACCUAUCUAUCUGAGAGUGAGACAGUUCCUAGAGGAUUCAAGGAGGAGGAGGCAGGAGACAGAAAGACAGGAUAUAGAAAAAUGGGAGAGAAAAUUACGUAUGAGUGAGUACGAGUAUGAAAUGAAAUAUAGACAGCUGUGUCUAGAGACGAGGAAGCAGAUUGAAAGGGAAAAGGAGGAGACCGAAAGACAGGAGAAGGAGAAGAGAGAGAGGGAGGAUAAGGAGAUCAUUGAAAGAGAAAAGCAGCGUUUGGAGGAGAAGUGGUUAAGAAUUAAAAGGGUGAAGCGUGAAGAUAUGGAGAAAAAGAACCAGGAGAAGGAGAGGAAAACCUUUGGUCUGCUUUCAAGAAUAUACAUUUGGUGGUUCAGUUCCAAGAUGGACAAAAUUGCCAUUAAAAUCGCAUCAAACAUUGUGGCUGAGCGCAAACUCAUGUCUCAUGGUCCCCUCAGAAAUCCAUGGAUGUUAAGAGAAAGAGAAAGGCUGGUUGACCGAAGGACGAAGCUGGUUGUGUCCUUCAUCAAACAACAUCAUAAGUUGCUGAAAGAAGAGAUGAAGCAAAGACUGAAGAUAGACAGCAAGAAAGUAAAGGUGUGGCGGAAGAAGGUAUGCCACAUCUCAGAAAGACCUUUCUACAGGCCAAUACCAGUCAGGACACGCACACCCGCACUUGAUAAAUAUAUCAUGCUUAGGCGCCGAUACCGUUUGAGCUCCGGAGCUCGAGCACCCAUAGAAAAUACUGAGCACUAAUGCCACCUGACCCAAUCUAAUUGAUCCUAAUCUAGCCUAAUUUAACCAAGGUUAGCCCAACACCUAUCCUAUGCUAGCCUAAUUUAGUUUAGGUUCUGGCAGAGACCUUAUUUACCAUAACCUAUUCUUACCAAACCUAACCUUAUACUGUACCUUAAACCUAAGAAGGAGAGAUACUUAGGGAGAAGACAGAUGUGUCUUAGCCUUCUUCUUCCUUGGAACCUUGAUUCCAUGUUAACUGUGUUCAGGAGAGGCACAUUAAGAAUGGUUCAUUCAAAAUCUGAAAAGAGAACAUUUCAAUAAGAGGGGAAAAAAAACGAUUGACAUGAGCAUUUUCCACUCCUACGGUUAAGGUUUGGAUAAAACUAAGGAUCACUUAGGGAUACAUCCCAAAAGAAUCGGCUUGGUUAAGGUGUCACAAACUAGUGUUAAUUCUGUCACCUAUUUUUAAUUUAGUCUUAGUCUUGCCAA